AUGGGCAACCCGAACAACGCAAAGUCACCGCUGAGCUGUGCAGAUUCCCUCACCAUCGACAAGAUCGACAACCUCCGUCCUCCCGCCCCAAUACAAUGUUCCGUACAGCAGCCACCAACAAAGAGCUCUGGCGGGGCUUUGAGGGAAGAGCCUGGCAGCAGCAUCCUCGUCUAUUCCUUCAUCAGUGCGCGGCACGCCGACCACAUACCCGCCACUGUUGACAAAUUUGCCUACCAACAAUGUCAUGCGAUCUCGUGUUCGCGUUUUCUCUAUGCACGAACGAGCAGUCGAAUCAGUCAACCGGGAGAGUUCGGCGCCCAGUACCAAAUGCAGUCCCCCUCCAAAUCCACCCCAGGGAUUCCCUACAUUCCCACGCUCUCCAGGCGGCCUAGAGAGUUCUCAUAUGCAGAAUUCGAGUGGAUGCCCUUCGCCCCCAAUGAUGUCGCGUGUUCCGUCGUGGCUCGUCCAGCAAAGGAUACCUGGAAUUACUGGCCCCGUGCCAGGAGAGCAGACUCGAGUACACGUUCCCAGCUGAACCCAAUCAACGUUGGUAAUCAAACUUCGGCUACAGCAACUCAAGAUCUCAGUACUUCCAAAUUCAGACUGAAACAUCGUCUUGCUUGUCCGAAAGAAGGAUCCACGAGAUGUGUCACGUGA